AUGGCUUUGAUCUCCGCCUGGCCCCUCAUUUCUCCUGUAUUUUUCUUUUUGAGAUGCUUCUCCUCCAGCACAGCCUCGAGUGAGGGAAGCGUUUUUCAGUUUGACAUUGAAGGUAGCUCAGCGGUCAGCACGCAAGAAGCCACUGUUAUCAGAGGGCAGCAGCAGGCAGUAGCUACUGGAAGUUGGGUGCCUUUUGCUGAGGGAUGCCAAGAAGGAUUUUAUCGUACCAGCUCAGGAAAAUGCUCUCCUUGCAACUGUAAUGGUAAUGCAAACAGAUGCCUUGAUGGAUCUGGAAUCUGUGUGGACUGCCAGAGGAACACAACAGGACAGCACUGCGAGCAGUGUCCCGAUGGCUUCAUUGGCGACAUUGUCAGGGGGGUGCCCACCUUCUGCCAGCCCUGCCCCUGCCCCCUGCCAGCACUUGCCAACUUUGCAGUCUCCUGUUACAGAAAAAGUGGAAGUGUGCGUUGUGUCUGCAAGGAAAACUAUGCAGGACCCAACUGUGAAAGGUGCGCCCCUGGUUACUAUGGGAACCCUUUGCUAAUUGGAAGCACUUGUAAAAAAUGUGACUGCAAUGGCAACUCAGACCCAAAUCUGAUUUUUGAAGACUGUGAUGAAGUGACCGGCCAGUGCCGCAACUGCCUGCACCACACCAGCGGCUUCAACUGCGAACGAUGCGCGCCGGGCUACUACGGGGACGCCAGAUUGGCUAAAAACUGCACAGCAUGUAACUGUGGAGGCAGAAUGUGUGACAGCCAGACUGGAGAAUGCCUUGCAGACAGUCCUGAAGUUUCUACUGACACAGACUGCCCAACCAUCAGCUGCGAUAAAUGCAUUUGGGAUUUGACAGAUGACAUCCGGUUGUCAGUUCUGACAAUCGACGAAAGCAAAGCCACUUUACUGAGCAUUUCUACAGGUGUUGCAGCUCAAAGGCGUUUGAAUGACCUGAACCUCACUACCACUCAUCUCCAGGAGGCAAUGUCCAAAAAGAAGAAUCAUGCUACGCUUUGGACCAUCCAGGUUGAUGAUGCUGCAGAUGAGAUGAAUGAUCUUGUCAGAGAAGCAGAAACACUUGAUGAACAGGGAAAUGAAGCAUCCAGCAAAGGCCGCCUGGUACAGAAGGAAACCACGGAGAUCAACAGCCGUGCUUCCCAGCUUGUGCAGCAGCUCAAUGAUAUAAGAGAUAACAUUGAAGAAAUCAGCAGCAAGUCAAAAUACUAUGCAAUUCAACAAGAGCUGAGCCCUGAAGAAAUUGCCCAGAAGCGCAGCGUGGCUGAAGAGAUGCUGAAGGAGAUCAAACGUCGAAAGCCUUUCACUAAUCAGAGGCAACUUGCAGAUGAGGAGGAAAAUGCAGCAGAGGAGUUGCUACAGCAAAUUGAAGCAUUUCAUGAGAAGCACAAUGACACCAGAUCCCUGGUAACUGAUGUGCUGGAGCAGCUCAGCGAACAGGAUGUGAAGCUGUCAGACCUGGAGGAGGCAUUAGGCGAGGCGCUUGACUAUGUCACACAAACAGAGGAUAUAAACAGGGAAAACACAGCCAGGCUCCAAAGGCAGGAGAAACAACAUGAGAAGACAAAAGAGCAAAUGGAUGAAGUGAACAGCAUUCUGCUCAGUGCCACAGCUAUUUUGGAAGGACCACAAAAGGUCAAUUCUGAGUUAAGUGAAGUAAUAAAGAAUGCAUCGGGGUUCUAUGCAGAAAUAGAUGGAGCAAAAAAGGAACUGCAAGAAAAAAUAGCCAACCUGUCCCUGUUUGAUGAUGAACUGGUAGAGAAGGCUAUGCAUCAUGCACAAAACCUAAGAAGACUUGCUGAUGAGCUGGAUGGGAAUUUGUAUGGUGUUGAUUCAAAUGGUUUGGUACAAAGGGCAAUCAAUGCUUCAAAUGUGUAUGAAAACAUUGCUGGUUAUAUAGAAGAAGCCAAUGAAGUUGCAUUGUUGGCACUGAACACAACAAACCGGGUCAAGGAUGCUGCAGUUGGAAUUGAUACUCAGGUCAUUUACCAUAAAGGUAAAAGUGAAGAACUUCUCAUCCGAGCCAUGCAGCUACAACGGACAGCACAUGACAGCAGCAGUUACACCAUUGCAGACACCAGCUGGCAAGUCAAUGGCACUGUGGCCAGAAUGAACGCCCUGCGGAGCCAGCUGAUGAGAGCCAUCGCAAAAAUGCAGUCAGCAGAGACAGAGGAGGCCAGAGAGCAUUUGGAGCAAGCUCAGCUGAAGACUGCAGAGGCUGUAAGUGCCACCACAACAGUAACACAGGCUACCACCCCCAUGGAUGAGAACGUGAGGCUGUGGUCCCAAAACCUGCAAGACUUCCAGCACAAUUCACAGGCAUAUGACAGUGCUGUGCAUUCAGCUGGGGAUGCAGUGAAGAAACUUACAGAAGUUUUCCCUCAACUCCUGGACAAGAUGCGCAGAGUAGAACAGAAGGCACCAGCAAACAAUAUUUCUUCCAGCAUUCAGCGAAUCAGAGAGUUAAUUGCUCAAACCAGGAGUGUAGCAAGCAAGGUCCAAGUCUCUAUGAUGUUUGAAGGCCAAUCAGCUGUUGAAGUCAAUCCAAAGAUCAACGUGGAAGAACUGAAAUCUUUCACUUCCAUGAGCUUGUACAUAAAGCUCCACAAAGACAACCCACAGCUGGCAGCCUCUCCAGACAGAUUCAUUUUGUACCUCGGAAACAAGAAUGCAAAACACUACAUUGGUCUUGCAAUUAAAAAUGACAACCUUGUGUACAUUUAUAAUCUGGGGGGCCAAGAUGUGGAGAUACCUCUGGAUGCCAAGCCAGUCAGCACCUGGCCUUCUUACUUCAGCAUCAUCAAAAUUGAGAGGAUCGGAAGACACGGCAAAAUGUUUUUAACUGUGCCCAGUCUUAGCAGCACAGCUGAAGAAAAAUUCAUCAAAAAGGGAGAGGUCCUUGGUCCUGGCUCUCUUCUUAAUUUGGAACCUGAAAAUGCUGUUUUCUAUGUUGGUGGAGUGCCUCCAGGCUUCAAGCUCCCUCCUAGCCUAAACCUACCCGGCUUCAUCGGCUGCCUGGAGCUGGCUACCCUGAACGACGAUGUGAUCAGCCUGUACAACUUCAAGCACGUCUACAACAUCGACACCACCACAUCGCCACCUUGUGCCAGAGAUAAGUUGGCUUUCACUCAGAGCCGGGCUGUGAGCUAUUUCUUUGAUGGCUCUGGCUAUGCCUUGGCCAGAAACAUUGAGAGAAGGGGAAAAUUCAGCCAGGUGACUCGAUUUGACAUUGAAGUUCGAACACCUACAGACACCGGAUUGAUCCUGCUGAUGAUUAAUGGGAGCAUGUUCUUCAGCCUAGAGAUGCAGAAUGGUUUCUUGUACCUCCGCUAUGACUUCGGUUUCAGCAGUGGCCCUGUGCUUCUCGAGGACUCCAUGAGGAAGGCUAGGAUUAACGAUGCUAAAUUUCAUGAGAUUUCUAUUAUAUAUCACAAUUCCAAGAAGAUGAUCUUGGUAGUAGACAGAAGACACAUAAAAAGUGUGGACAAUGAAAGAACAGCAAUGCCCUUCACAGACAUUUACAUUGGAGGAGCACCUGCUGAGAUCUUGCACUCCAGCAUUAGUUCACAUCUGGCAGGAAGUAUCGGCUUUAAAGGCUGCAUGAAGGGUUUCCAGUUCCAAAAGAAGGAUUUCAACUUGUUGGAAGAACCAGGAACCCUGGGAAUCAGCUAUGGGUGCCCAGAGGAUUCAUUGAUGUCCCGCAAUGCAUAUUUCAAUGGUGAGAGCUUCAUUGCAUCAAGCCAAAAAGUGUCCCUCUUUACUGAGUUUGAAGGAGGCUUUAAUUUCCGGACCUUGCAGCCCAGUGGGCUGUUGUUUUACUAUUCUGAAGGAUCAGAUGUAUUAUCCAUCUCUAUGGAGAGAGGUGCCGUGGUUUUAAAUGCAAGUGGAACCAAAAUUCAGUCACCAGACCGAAAUUACAAUGAUGGAAAAACACAUUUCAUCAUUACUUCUGUCACCCCAGAAAGGUAUGAGCUGACUGUUGAUGACAAGAAACAGAGCAAGAAGAACCCAGCAAAGGACAGAGCAGGGAAAAGCCCAGACAGCAUCAAGAAGUUUUAUUUUGGUGGCUCUCCCCUCAGAACACAGCAAGCCAACUUCACUGGCUGCAUAAGCAAUGCCUACUUCACUAGGUUGGAUCAAGAGGUUGAAGUGGAGGAUUUCCAGAAGUACUCUGAGAAAGUUCAGGCAUCUUUGUAUGGAUGCCCUGUUGAAUCUCCUCCAGUUGCUCUUCUCCAUAAGAAAGGAAAAAAUUCAUCAAAAGCCAAAGGAAACCGUAAUAAAAAGGUGGGAAGAGAUAAAGACAAGAUUGCACAGCCUUCAUCUGGCCUCAAAAAGCUGUAUCAAGUGAAUUUGCAAAAAGAGCCUCAGUGCCACUUGCCCAUGAAUCCCAAGGCAACUGAACAUGCCUAUCAAUUUGGAGGAACAGCAAACAGCCGGCAAGAAUUUGAUCACAUACCAAAGGAUUUCAGUCAAAGAGCUCAGUUCUCUAUCAGUCUGAAAACUCACUCAUCUCACGGAAUGAUUUGUUAUAUUUCGGAUCAAAAAGAGACCAACUUCCUGGCCCUUUUCGUUGCUCAUGGCCGACUCAUUUUUAUGUUUAAUGCCGGUCACCAGAAGAUAAGGAUUAAGAGCCAAGAGAAAUACAAUGAUGGUCUGUGGCACAAUGUGAUAUUUAUUAGAGGCAAAAAUAUUGGUCGCUUGAUAAUCGAUGGUCUCAGAGUACUAGAAGAAUCUUUUGAUGGGAAUGUGAAUAGUUGGCAAGUCACUGAACCACUCUAUAUUGGAGGUGUAGCUCCCGGAAAAGCUGUAAAAAACAUCCAGAUAAACUCUGUCUACAGCUUUAGUGGUUGUCUCAGCAAUUUACAGCUCAAUGGAAGAUCGCUUACUUCAGCUUCACAGACAUUUAGUGUAACACCUUGCUUUGAAGGCCCAUCGGAAGCAGGAACAUAUUUUUCAUCAGAAGGAGGAUAUGUCGUCCUUGAUGAAUCCUUCAGUUUAGGCCUGAAAUUUGAAGUUGUUUUUGAAAUACGUCCCCGAAGCAGCUCAGGAAUCCUACUGCAUGGUCACAGUGUGAAUGGAGAGUACCUGAAUAUGCACAUGAGAAAUGGACAGGUUACUGUGAAACUGAAUAAUGGAAUCAGGGAUUUUUCAACUUCAGUGACAUUGAAACAGAGUCUCUGCGACGGCAGGUGGCAUCGAAUUGCAGUUAUUAGAGACGCAAAUGUGGUGCAGCUGGACGUAGACUCUGAAGUCAACCAUGUGGUAGGGCCGCUAAAUCCAAAGGCAAUGGACCACAGGGAGCCAGUGUUUAUUGGAGGUGUACCAGAGUCUCUGCUAACAUCAAGCCUGACUACACGCAAUUCCUUCAUUGGCUGCAUUCGUAACUUCAUGAUUGAUGAAAAGCCAGUGAGUUUUAGUAAAGCAGCUUUGGUUAGUGGUGCUGUAAGCAUUAAUACCUGUCCAGCAGCCUGAUAGUGCACUGCAUCAAUUCUGAAAAGUUUCUUAGACCACAGAAAGAAAAAUAGAACAAAAGAAACUAUGUCCAGCAAGACAAGAAGAAUGAAAAUAUCACAGCCACAUCUACAGAAAGCAUGAAGGGGGGUCACUUCUCAUAUUUACAUGCAAACAAAAAUCACUGAAGAAUAAAAGCUGUUGCUUCUGCACUUCUCUUAACAUACCACAAGAGUGAGCUUUACCAUUUCUUAUAGUAUAUGUGUGGCCAGUCUUUUACAUGAAAAUAUGAGAAUAUAAAAUAAAUUAAAAUUAUAUUAAAUAUGUUAUUUUCAAAAUAGAUCCUCUACAUAAUCUCAUUCCAUAUCUAGUCACCCUUUGUUCCACAGGAAAAGAUCUGCUAAUGCACAUUAAAGAAUAAAGCUAGAUAAUAGAUUUACAUCGCAAAUACUGUAUAAAGAUCUUACUGUAUAUUUUUAAUUUUCCAUUCAACUCAUUUAUAUAUUCCUCAAAUAAAAUGGGGGGAAGAGAGUAUACUAAUUAUGUAAGCUUACAAACAAUGAAAAAUUAAAAUGUUUAUUCCACUUCUAGACUUCAUGGAUAUGUUCUGCCACAAUAUGAAGAGAGGAUGUAUAUCUUUUAAGACAGAUGUUUUAUAUAUAGACUCAUUUACCUAAACUAGGUAAUUUUAGUGUAAUGCUUGCCUUAGAGACAAUUUUAAAUUUCAAGUUUUUUCUCUGAAUUUUUAAAUGCACUUACAUACAAACACAGCACUAAAUUCACAAUCUCAUUGUGAUCUCAUUUGCACUAAUGUGACACAAGUAAAAAUGAAGCAUAGAAAGCAGAAUCACAGUCACAGUUUCAGGUGACUCCCUUAUCAUACAAAAACAUCACUUCCCUGUGAGGCUCCUGCAGGACUUCAGUUUAGAGCAGAAAUCCCCAAACAAGGAACAUAUCUUCCUUCAGAAGAUAUGCUGCUGCAGAGCAACCAAGAGUGAAACAGGAAGAUGCAAACAGAAGGCAAAGGGCUGCAAAUGUGAGCUGUGUUAUAGCCAUAGAAGGUAGAUGGAAGUUAAUGGUAGGGUUCAACUCACAGUAGGCUUGCACACCAAAUAGAUACAAAUCACUUGCAAAACUUAGUCCCUUCAAUCAUCACCUAUAAGGAAUCAAAGCCAUUUAGCUUUCUUUUCUUUGAAGUAUAAAGUAAUGCAAUAAAGAAUAAAGUAAUGAAAGUUU